AACAUGAGGGUUGCGUUUCACUGAGCUCAGCCGUAUCAGUGUCUCAUUUAUCCAUUCCUGUUACUCUCUUUGUGUUGCUCCCUUCGAGUUUCUCCCUCAAUUUCUUUCCAGGUUCUCCGAUUGGACAUCAAAAUGCUGCGCAUGACAGGAAACAAGUGCACCACUAUAACGCGAGGGCUCCUCCUUUGGCUUCUAUUGAUCCACAUCUUGGUUCUAUUAUAUUGCUUGAUGUUGCCAACCCAUGAAGACUUCAGAAGUUCCAAAGAUGACACCUGUCCCCUCAACAUGGCUAAACCACUCAACAAGAACCUUCCCCGGUCUUCUCGAAGGCUCCAGACGGACACGUGCUCUCCUUCGGUGAACAUCAUGUUCUUGAAGACACACAAAACUGCCAGCAGCACACUCCUCAACAUCCUCUUCCGCUUUGGAGAAAAACACAAACUCAAGUUCGCCUUCCCCGACGGCCGCAACGACUUCUUCUACCCGUCGGCCUUCAGCCGCUGGCAAGUGAAGAGCUACCGACCCGGCGAGUGCUUCAAUAUAUUGUGCAACCACAUGCGCUUCUGCCCAGGGGAGGUGGCGGCGUUGUUGCCACUCGACGCCACCUACGUCACCAUCCUGCGUGACCCGGCUCAUCUUCUGGAAUCGGCCUUCCACUACUACCACAGGGCCGUGCCCUUCACCUGGAGCGUAGGCGGUGACGACAAAUUGGAAGAGUUCCUUAGGAGUCCUCGGACCUACUACAGGGCUCACGCCUACAACGCCUUCUACCUGAAGAACCUGCUCUUAUUCGACUUGGGCUCAGACAACAAUCUGGAUGCGGACCAUCCCGACGUGACGGAGGCCAUUCAAGGUUUGUCCAGAAGGUUCCACCUGGUGCUCAUUGCGGAAUAUUUUGACGAGUCGCUGAUCCUGCUGAAGGAGACCCUGUGCUGGAGCAUGGAGGAUAUUUUGUACUUCAAACUCAACGCUCGGGCGAGCUCGUCUGUCUCUCGUCUGACCCCGGAGUCCAGGGCCCGGGCUUUGGGAUGGAAUGGCGCCGACUGGAGGCUCUAUCGACACUUCAACGCUACCUUGUGGGACAAGGUGGAGGCGUACGGGCGAGAGAGGAUGAAGCAGGACGUGGCCGAGCUCCGACGGAGGAAUGCCGAGAUGAGAACAUUGUGCUUGGAAGGUGGAGAGGCGGUGAAAGCGCCGGACAUUCGAGACCGACGCUUUCUGCCCUGGCAGCCCCUGGGAGGGAAGUCCAUCCUGGGAUAUAACCUGAGGAAAGACAUCCAUCCCGACUUGGGGAGCAUAUGUGAGAAGAUGCUCACGCCAGAAAUACAAUACUUGGCUGAUUUGGGGGUCAGCCUCUGGCUUACACGACUGUGGGGGUGGUUGAAAGAUGCUAUUUACUGGGGCCCGGCUAUUUAGUUGGCUGGGCAAUUUAAUCGGCCGAUAUCAGGACUUUUUCAUUCUACAUCAACAUCUUACAACAUUUGUCAAAAUGACAUCCAAAUAGAACUACCUAAACUGUCAGUGUCGGUAAUAUAUGGUCAAACACUGACCUCUAGUGGAUGUUAAACAA